UAAAAUAUGUUGUACAAUGUUACACGUUUUGGGGAAUAACUGGUGCUACUUGACUGUUACUGGAAUUAUUUUGUGCUGUUUAAUGUGUACUGAUCUCAUAUAAAAUCGAUAUAAUGUAUUAUUCAGAAAAACACGAAUGACACUUUACGGAGCUGAUUAAUUUCCGGUUUAGAUUACUCCGCUAACAGGUCUCCGUUAUUGAAUAUUUGUACUCUAAAACACAACGUGAGAUUUGAAACAUGCUUACCAUUAUUAUAAAAUGUAAUAUCUUUCAACCACAUUUAAGUAGAAGAAAAGGGUAAUGCGUAUGUUCUGACCUGUAUCAAUUGACUAAUUAGAGCGCUAGUUUAUGAUGCGCUUUAAUGGGUGUGAGGAGUUCUUAGGUCGAAAUUUGAGUCAGAGAGUAGGGUCACCAUGAAGCAUAUCAUUCAUUACUACUGGUUGUACUUAUUAUUCUAAAACGUAUCAAGAAAUCAAGAUGAAGUGCUGCACUGGGAGAUGUUUUCUGAUCACAAUAUGCGUGCUGCAAAUGCUCUCAACGAUAGAGCGCCAAGUCUUCGACUUCAUGGGAUACAUGUGGGCGCUAAUCCUUGGCAACUUCCUCCAGCUCAUCUUUGUGAUCAUGGGUCUCUUUGGUGCUGCCCAGUAUAGACCAAAAUUUAUAGCAGUGUUGACUUUAUCGGAGGGUUUGAUACGUAUUCUGCAUAUCAGUCCCCCGCGAAGAGCUCACAUAUGCAGCUCCAACCUAUGUAUGUCACCGAUACAAACUAGUUAUGAGAUGGAAUAUGUCAAAAUGCGAUACAAGUCCCCGGCCAGGAACAGUUUUAGAACAGGAAAAAAUUAUG